UGCCCAUGCCCGCCCCACCACCCACUUGCCCCAGUCUCUUAUCCUCUCUCUUCCUCUCCCUUUCAGCAGUGAUGAGGCUGAUGGAAGGGACGCCCCUUGGAACUUCCUUCCCCCCCUCCCUUCUCCCAGAACUCACCACCAUCAUAUAGCUACGAGUGCGUGGCUCCAACUGGAUUCCCAGAGAGAGAGAUAGAGAGAGAGCUACAACCAUGCUGCCAAGACUGACCACCAUGCGACUUUUAGUGCCGUUGCUUCUCUUCUUCCACCUCUCCAAGCUCUCUUUCUCUCUCAAUCAAGAAGGCAUCUAUCUUCUCGAUGCCAAGCGAGGCCUGGAGGACCCCGGCAACAUCCUGGCCAACUGGAACCCACGCGACGACACCCCGUGCAAAUGGACCGGCGUUUCCUGCUCUCCUCCCCGCUCCCCUUCCUCCGACCGGAUCGUCACCUCCAUCGACCUCUCCGGCAACGGCCUCGUCGGCCCAUUCCCCGCCGUUCUCUGCCGCCUACCUUACCUCGCAAACCUCUCCCUCUCCAACAAUUAUAUCAACUCAUCCCUCCCCGAGUCCGCUCUCCUCCCCUGCCCUUCUCUUUCCCACCUCGACCUAUCCGAGAACAACCUCGUCGGCCCCCUCCCCGGCGCUCUCGCUGCCCUCCCCGCCCUCCUCUACCUCGACCUUUCGGGGAACAACUUCUCCGGCCGCAUUCCCCCCUCCUUCGCGGCCUUCCCCCGCCUCCAACGCCUCUUCCUUUACAACAACCUUCUAACCUCCACCAUCCCUUCUUUCCUCUCCAACGUCUCUACCCUCCGCGAACUCGAUCUCGCUUAUAACCCCUUCACUCCCGGCCCCGUUCCUGCGGAGCUCGCCAAACUCGGUUCUCUUGAACUGCUUUGGCUCGCCGGAUGCAAUCUCAUUGGCGAGAUUCCCCCCGAACUCGGCCGCCUCGCCAAGCUCACCAACUUCGACCUCUCCACCAACUCCCUAUCCGGACCCAUCCCGGCAAGCCUUACCCAGCUCUCCAGCGUCGUCCAGAUCGAGCUUUAUGGCAACUCCCUCUCCGGUCCCAUCCCCUCCGGCUUCUCCAAGCUCGCCAAUCUCCGCCGGAUCGACGCCUCCACGAACCAGCUCGAGGGUCCUCUUCCUGAGGACAUCUUUGACGCCCCUCUGCUUGACAAUGUCCAUUUUUCUCAGAACCACCUCACCGGGAGCAUUCCCGCCGGCGUGUCUCGCGCUUCGAACCUCUCCGAUCUGAAGCUCUUCCAAAACCGGCUGAACGGCUCUCUUCCUGCGGAUUUCGGCAAGUACUCUCCUCUGGUGUCUCUUGAUCUCUCGGACAACUUGCUCUCCGGAGGGAUCCCGGCGAGCAUUUGCGACGGCGGCGUGCUGCAGGAGCUCCUCUUGAUCGAUAACUUCUUCACAGGGAGCUUGCCACGGGGUAUCGGCCAGUGCCAGACGCUCGCACGGCUCCGGCUCGCGAACAACCGGCUCUCCGGGGAGGUCCCGGCCGGGAUGUGGGGCUUGCCCCAUAUCUCGUUUCUGGAGCUCAAAGGCAAUUCCUUUUCUGGUGGGAUCUCUCCGGUUAUAUCCAGCGCGGCGAAUCUCUCGAAUCUCGUCAUAUCCGAUAACCAGUUCAGCGGCAGCAUCCCAUCGGAAAUUGGAUCUCUGUCGAAGCUAUAUGAGCUUUCCGCUGGGAAUAACAGGUUGAGUGGCCCGCUGCCCUCGUCCCUUGGCAACUUGACGUUGCUCGGCCGGCUUGUCCUCUGCAACAAUUCCCUCUCCGGGGAGUUGCUCAGAGGAAUCGAAUCCUGGAAAAGGCUCACUGAGCUGAACCUCUCUUAUAAUGGUUUCACUGGUGGAAUACCGCCGGAGCUUGGCGACCUACCGGUGCUCAACUAUCUCGAUCUCUCAAACAACAUACUCAUCGGCGAGAUCCCUGUCCAAUUGCAGAACUUGAAUCUCAACAAGUUUAACGUAUCCAACAAUCAGCUGUCGGGAUCUCUUCCACCCCUGUUUGCCAGCCAGGUCUACCGCAAUAGCUUCUUGGGCAAUCCCGGCCUGUGUGACGACUUGCCGGGGUUGUGCCCUGUUACACCGGGAGGCAGGAAGGAUCGCCAUCUGUUCGUUUGGUUGCUCCGGUCCAUCUUUAUACUUGCUGCUCUGGUCUUUAUUGGCGGGGUGGCAUGGUUCUAUUGGAGGUACCGGAGCUUCAAGAGGUUCAAGCUGGGAAUUGAUAAGUCUAAGUGGACGCUGACCUCGUUCCACAAGUUAGGAUUCAAUGAAGAUGAGAUCUUGGACUGCCUUGAUGAAGAUAAUGUGAUAGGCAAGGGAGCAUCCGGGAAGGUAUACAAGGUGGUCCUUAGCAAUGGAGAGGCGGUCGCAGUGAAGAAACUCUGGGGGACAUCAAAAAAGGGUGGGGAAAACGAAGAUCAGAUGGUCGAUGAUCUUUUCGAAGCGGAGGUUGCGACCCUGGGAAAGAUCAGGCACAAGAACAUUGUCAAGCUGUGGUGCUGCUGCACUCACAAGGACCGCAAGCUUUUGGUCUAUGAAUACAUGCCAAAUGGAAGCUUGGGGGACUUGUUGCAUAGCAGCAAGGGAGGGCUUUUAGAUUGGCCGACAAGGUACAAGAUUGCCUUGGAUGCGGCAGAGGGACUCUCUUAUUUGCACCAUGAUUGCGUGCCACCAAUUGUGCACAGAGAUGUGAAGUCCAACAACAUCCUGUUGGAUGGGGAGUUCGGAGCGCGGGUGGCAGAUUUUGGGGUUGCAAAGGCUGUCGAAGCAAUCGGGAAGGGGUCGAAAUCUAUGUCAGGUAUUGCCGGUUCGUGUGGAUAUAUCGCCCCAGAGUAUGCAUACACCCUCCGGGUGAACGAGAAGAGCGAUAUAUACAGCUUCGGUGUCGUCAUUCUGGAGCUGGUGACAGGGAGGCGCCCUGUGGCUCCUGAGUUUGGGGAGAAGGACCUGGUGAAGUGGGUCUGCAGCACAGUAGAUCAGAAGGGUGUGGACCAUGUGAUCGACCCCAAGCUUGAUAUGUGCUCCAAGGAGGAGAUAGAAAAGGUCCUCAAAAUUGGCCUCCUUUGCACCAGUCCCCUCCCUAUCAACCGCCCUUCAAUGAGGAGGGUAGUGAAGAUGCUCCAAGAAGUGCGUGCUGACAAGCCUAAGCCGGAGAAGAGGCAUGGAAAACUCUCCCCCUACUACCACGACGAUGCAUCAUCCGAUCCGGGGAGUAUUAUUUGAGGACCGAGGCUUCUAAACAUUGACCGAUGAUGGAAAGCUUCAUCUCCAGUUUCCUUCCAAGUUCCCUGUAAUUUGCUUUCAGGGAACCGUGUAAUUACUGUUUGAAUUCUCGAACUGCAUUCACCACCACCCUGAGAAAUUACAGAUAUUUUUGCUUGCAUGUAUGGAAUAUGCAAGUAAUUUCUAGAAGGCUUGAUGGUCCCUUGGUGUGCAGUAUAUCUAGGUAAAUUUCUUACUUCCAGUGAGACAGUCUAGAUUCUGGAGGUACCUAUCUGUUCUGUUCUGUCCUGUCCUUGCCUAUGUUGCUGGUAAAUGUUGUAACUGGUUAUGAGAUGUGUUAAUAAUCCCAUGAUAUGUCCGCCUCAUUUUUAGUAAUUAAUUGUAUAUCCUAGAAA